AUGAGUACGGGACAAAACGACGUCUCGUACAAGCGGUUCAGGAGGCGGAUCAUCCAGCGGUGCAGCAGUGAGGGUCCUGCAGCGAGUACACCUCUGGCCACUGGGCGGCGGUGUGAGCCCAGCUUUGAGUUUGAUACCGUCUGUCAGAGACUGGAGCUGGAUUCUCCGACGAAACACCAUGAACCAGCACAGAGAGUCCCACAUGGAAAACCUACAGUGUCAGUGGGAGGAGUGUCCCUUCACGUGGAUGCCAAACCAGAAAACACACCAUGCACCUUCACUGCCAAGAGACGGCCUGUCACAGAAAAGUUCCCAGAACAGGGAUGGAUGUGGAGAGCUGCCAUUCAAGAACAUGAAAAGGCUCAACAGGCUGGUUCUGAUGAGAGAAGACACGCUUUGCAACCAUUCGAUGUUCUGGACAAAACCUGUGUGAGUCAGCAGGGAAAGUCAGUGAUGAAGUUCGCAGCACCGUCACUGCUCAACGACUACUAUACUAAUCUUCUCGACUGCAGUUGUAACGGUUUGAUUGCACUAGCACUGGGCUCUUCUGUUUACCUCUGGAGUUCAGAAACUCGUGCUCUGGUGGGAUAUUUGGACGCAAGACUCCAACCAGGACGGGCCUACCAUCAGAUGCAGUCGGUCUCGUGUCUGAGCUGGAGCAGAGACGGCAGAGCUCUCUGCAUUGGGACCAGGCGAGGGGAGGUACAGUUAUGGGAUGUUGAACACAAGCAGAAUAUGACACGUCUGCCGUCCCACCUGUCUGUGGUCAGAGCUCUUUCCUGGAAACAGCAGUUACUCAGCAGCGGCUCUGUUCUCGGACGUAUCCACCACAUUGACCCUCGAGCUCCUGCAGCUCUGGUGGGAGAAGCCGUGCAGACGGAGGGGAUCUGCAGCCUUCAGUGGUCUCCAGGAGACGACUGGCUGGCCAGCGGCUCCUCUGAAGGUCUGCUCUGUAUAUGGGAUAGUGACAUCACAGGGGUCACAAGGUCACGUCAGCCAGUUACUACAAUGAAACAACCCAGUGCUGUUAAGGCGAUGGCGUGGUGUCCAUGGCAGAGAAAGAUGAUCGCCACAGGAGGCGGAUGGAAAGAUGGAGAGCUGAGAAUCUGGGACACAGCUUCAGGGACUUGUGUGACUUCUGCCAACACAAAUUCUCAGAUUUGUUCUCUACGAUGGGCUGAAAAGAAGAAAUGUCUGCUGGCAGGUCACGGACUACCUCAUCACCAAAUCAGCUGUUGGUGCUGGGAAUUUCCCUCACUCAGCAGUAUUGAGCAGCUCACAGGUCAUUCUGAUCGAGUUCUGCACUUAGCCACAAACCCUGGCAGCACUCAUAUUUUCUCUGCCGGAGCAGAUGAACAGUUUCACAUCUGGGACAUGUAAUUAUCUACUUCACUGAGCAUGGACAGUGAAUGUUGUUGACCUGUAGAAAAUCUGUGUCCACAUACAAGUCGCUCAUUUUCUUGGUAAAGCCACUGUGUAGAGAAUGCAUAUUUCCUGUCCCCUGCUCUAAACUAACCACACUGAGAAGCUAACUAACCACAGGCAAACUUAUUGUCACUUAAAGUGUUCAUGCACCACAAUUUAGGGGCAAAAUAACACAUCAGGAAGCUACAUUAUAUUCUUUGCAGACAGAUUGUAUAAGUAGCUGGCAUUACAAAAGUAAUAAUGGUUAUAAUAAUUUAAUUUCCAUAACACUAGGGCUGGGCAAUAUUUUCACAGACUUUGUACAAAACCUUGAAAGUGCUCUGUUUUAGCCAUCAUGUUUUCAAGGUUGUGAAUAUGCUUGAAUUUGAAUAUGCUCCUUGAAAAAUCCUCAAUUUUAAACAUUAUCUGGUGCUUCAUGUACACACUCACUCAUGUAAACAAAACAAAAAUAAUAUUUGAAGUGAAAUGACCCCAUUUUUUUUGCUGUCUCCUGGAAUCUGUGAGCUAAACAAGCUAAUAGCUAGAUAAAUCCUGUUAAUCCCUUAAUUUGGAAAUUAGCAGCAUUUAAUGAUCAUGAUCGCAACAUACAAUCAAAGUUGAUAUAAAAAGAUAGUAAAAUAAAUGAAGUGUCAAUAGACACUGAUUGUUGUAGACUUAUAUGUGAUUAUAAAGGAUUCAAGACUAUUCAAGGAAAUGUAGGGAUUAGGUAUCUUGAAAGUGCUUGAACUCUGGCUUUACAAUGUGGUUAUUUGACAUAGACUACUAAUUUAUUGAAUUACCAGAAAACAUGCUUUAUUGUGAUAUGUAUUGUUAUGUAUAUGAAAUGACCUAUAUCAGGAUAAAAGAUAUAGGCCACACCUCCAGCUCUAUGUAGAACCUUUCAAGGAAGAAGCAGAGUGCUUUCCAGUGCAGGGAGACAGCAUAAAAAGAUAAUCACACCUAUAAAACCUUUCAAAAAUUAUGCAAACAACUACUUCUAGUGGUCAGAUGAGAAGGUGUGUGUAUCAUAAUGUAUUCUGAUGCAUGAUUUAAAGGUAUUUUGGUAACCAGUGCAAAGAAGCUAGAUUUUGUGUUGCUUAGGAGAAUGUUUUAAUGCAAUUUCUCAAUGUUGUUGGAUUCAUUUAGCAAGAAGCGCACUUUGAAAUAGAAAUACUGUGUGUGUCUGUGUGUGUCAUUACCAUUUAUUUUUGUAUUGAUUUAUCUGUGUAACUUGUGAGUUAUCAUUUCCUUCUUGUCUAUGGCAUACAGGUAACUUCCCGAGAUAUGUUACCAAAUAAAAAUUAUCAGGCUUGUGUGUUUUUGCUUGACACAGUGCCCAGACUGCCACAGUUAAAUCAGUCGCAUGUGUUUGGGUUU